GUUCUUGUGAUUUCUCUAAGUACCUUAAUUUAUAAUAAGGGUUCUUAUCAAUAAUAAUAAAAAUUAUAGUAUUUUAAAGUAUAAAUUUCUCAUAUAAACUCACGAUAAAAUGGGUGACAUAAAACCAAUUUCCCCAUUCACCUUCAUUUCUUGGAAGGAAGAUGAGAACUCUAUAGUGGUCGGAGCCAAGGACACUUCUUUUGGGUACGUAGCCCUCAUGCAAAUUGAUGAUAUCAACAUCGACGAGAUUGUGGAUUAUGCGAAGAGUCAGCGUGAUGAGAGAAACUGGCAAAAUGACUUCGCGAAAAACUUUCCCUUUUACGUCUCGGCGGUGGCCAGUCAGAAAGGUGUACCCUGCUUUGUGGAAACCAAGCAUGCUGCCAUAGAGUACUGUGAUUUACAGACAAAUGAGGUCCUUGAGGCUAAGCUAGAGGCUACCGAGGACGCUUACAACGAGGCCGUGCGCAUUGAAGUUGCACGGGCUGAAUAUGAUAAACUUCGGAAUCUGGAAAACCAAGCGUUACCAUCGGUUAACCCAUCGAGUAGUGCCAAAAAAGCGGCAGCCCAGCCUGAUGACGGCGGUUCUAAUGAGGAGGACCUUUAUGAAGAUACCGAUGACGAUGAAAACGAUACCGACCACUCAAAAAGUCGUUUAUUUGAAAUGAUCUUUACCCAAAUUCAAACAGCGCUCUCCCUUGGUGUGGAGUUGGGUCUUACAUAUGAAGAAAUCAAGGGUGCCUACGGGGCCGCGUUAGGCCCAUCCCAGGUUCCACAGACGCUCGAAGAAUGCACUAAAAUCGCAGAAAACAACCCUUACUUAAUGAACUAUUUAUUGAAUGAUUGACAGGGUAAUUGAGAACAUUACCCGUACCCAUAAUCUUCCAAAGAGUGCGGGGGUACCACCGUAAUUUUUACUGGGCUGAAGCUUAUAAUACAGACAAAUUCGAUAAAGUAAUUACUUCAUUGAAGGAGAAAAAGUAAGGAAAUUGUUUUAAUUGAAACCAAAUAUAGUAGUGUUUCUCACCUACUGCCUCAACCUUACUGAGGAAGGAAGGAGGAGUGCCCAUUUGUAUUAUCGAUGACAGACAUAAGGAAUGUGCACAUAUCUAAAUUUAAUUUAGAUAUAACUUUGGCAUCAUUUAUGUCUUUCUUUAUUAGUUAAUACAUUAAAGUAUCAAAGGGAUGAUCUAUGAUUUCUAUGCCUAAUAUUACACUUUACAUGUGUCAAUUUAUUGCUAUUUACAGUGUCGAAAUGAUUUCCUAUUUUUGCCUUUUAAUAACAGUACUUGUUUACAUCUGCAAUUCCCUCUUGUUCUAAUAAAUUGAUUGAGGCUGGUUUCUUUAUAUUAAAAUUUAUGGUUAUUCAUUAUUGCAAUUAAUCCUUUUUCUAAGGUUAUAUAUAUAUGUAUACAUUUAGAAGGAAUAAGUGUGUAGAUAAUAUACCAAAAAGACACGGAGGAUUUAGUAUAAAUUUGAGAAUU